CUUCUGAUCCAAGUAAAUUUCAAUUACCUAAAUACGCUACAACAAAUUUUGCUAAUUCACCAUUUAAGAAGCCAACUAAGGUCACUCUUGAAAUUUAUGAAGAGGCUUCUUGCGAUUUCAUUAAGAGCACACUUAAUGGAGGUAUUCCGGAUAAAGCAGAUUCAAAGGCUAUUAAUACUAUAGCAAUUACACCUAAUUGUGACGUUAAAGAGUUAGAUGAGAAAUUCCUUGAAUGUUUAAAGUGGGAGAAUAUUGGAAUUAGAAGUUGA